AUGAGCGGCGCAGAGCAGGAGGGCGCUGCGGUGCCUGCGCAAAGCAAGGGAUCAUGGAGUUCGUUCUUGAAGUCGAUUGCCACCUUUAACGGAGACUUGGCGUCGAUGACCGCGCCUGCAUUCAUCCUAUCGACGACCUCGCUGACCGAGUUCUCGGCGUACUGGGCAGAAAUGCCUCGACUCCUUGUUGCACCCGCGAACGAGCCAGAUCCACAGAAGCGGGCAAUGCUGGUACUGAAGUGGUUCCUGAGCACAUUGAAGCAGCAGUACGCCAGCCGAAAUGAGAAGCUCGGAAGCGAGAAGAAGCCGCUCAACCCAUUCCUCGGCGAGCUAUUCUUGGGCAAGUGGGAAGACGCAGAAGGCGAGACACAGCUUGUCAGCGAACAGGUCUCGCAUCAUCCACCCGUCACGGCCUACAGCAUCUGGAACAACAAGCACGGCGUCAGACUUCAAGGCUACAAUGCGCAAAAGGCCAGCUUCAGCCGCACCAUCAACGUCAAACAAGUCGGUCAUGCCGUGCUCCAUCUCGACAAAUACAACGAGGACUACGUCAUUACGCUGCCGUCUCUGCACAUCGAAGGUCUGAUCACUGGCUCGCCAUACGUCGAGCUUAACAAGAGCAGCUACAUUGUCGGGUCAAAUGGCUUCACCUCGCGGAUAGACUACAGUGGAAAGGGAUGGGUAUCUGGCAGCAAAAACAGCUUGAGCGCGAUUAUGUACCCGCAUGGCAAGGAGAAGGACAAGCAUGCUGUGAUCUACACUGCCGAGGGCUCAUGGACGGACAAGUUUACCAUUAAGGAUGCGAAAAAGAGCACUGUUGACACUUACGACGCAAAAAAGGAACCUAAGACACCUCUCAAGGUCGCGCCGAUUGAAGAGCAAGAUCCUCUCGAGUCAAGACGGGCAUGGAAGAGGGUCGCUGAUGCCAUUCUGAAGGGCGAUCUGAAUCAGACGUCCGGCGAGAAGACAGUGAUUGAGGAGCAUCAGCGUGCGCUGAGGAAGAGAGAGGCUUCGGAGAAAAGACAAUGGGAGAGAAGGUUCUUCACUCAGGCCGCGAAGUUGCCGGAGAUCGAGAAGCUGAUCCGGGAGGUGCCUUAUGGCAGUCUGGAAACCGACCAGACGAACGGUAUCUGGAUCUUCGACCAAGAGAAGGCGAGGAAUGCGAAACCUCCCUUCAGUGCGCUUAGUGAGCAGCUGAAGAAUGGGUGGAAUUGA